AUGUCAAAUUAACAGCAAUACGAGUAAUAAGUAAAAAUAUUAACCAAAUAAUAUCUCCAAGAUACAUUAUAAGAAUGUAAGAAGUGUUGGGAUACUGCUAUGAAAGAUUAAUGCAGCUACAAUUGCGAUUAAGAUUACAUAUUAUAUUUAAGUGGAAAAAGAGUAUUAAAGUAAAAAUUAUAAAAUUGCCUCUCUUAACCUGAUAAAAAUGCAAAAUCCUUAGACAAAUGUUAUGAAACUGCCAAUAAAGAUAUUGUUUCCUUAUAAAAAUUUGUACAAAGAAUGAGAAAUAAUCAAUUAGCCAUAAGUCCUAAAAGCUCUUGA